UCAGUUCGUAGUUCAGCAGCCAACUCGAGCGGACGUGCGCUGUUUGCUCGAUCGCGCGCAAAUUGCAAGUUGAUCUCCAAGAGAUUGACGUCUUCGGGCGGAAGUGCUCCACGGUUUUAAAUUUUGGACAUCGUGGUUUAGUGAAUUUUUUCCCUAAUUUUGUAAGAUCCACAGAUUUCCCACCGUUUUAUUAAUCGGCAAAAAGUAAACAUUACAACAGAGUUUCCAAAAAGCUGCUGGUGCAGCUGAAUAAUUUGCCAAAAUGACCGGAAAAGAUGCUGUCAAGGAAAGUGAUGUCAUUUUGGACCAAAAUUAUGAUCCACAUCACCAUCGAACCCGCAAACAUCCAACAACAAACUUCGAAACACUUGUACACAUCCUUAAAGGAUCCCUCGGAACCGGUAUCCUGGCUAUGCCGCAGGCUUUCGAUAACUCCGGCUAUGUUUCCGGUCUGAUAAAUACCGUUCUGAUCGGGAUUCUGUGUACCUACUGUUUACAUCUGCUGGUGCAGGCUCAGUAUACCCUCUGCAAACGUCACCGGGUGCCGAUGAUGACCUAUCCGAUUUCGAUGAAGGUCGCACUGGAAGAGGGACCCCAAGCUUUGCGAAGAUUUUCCUCGUGUGCGAUAGUGGUUGUUGAUGGAUUUUUGAUAGUCUACCAAUUGGGCAUUUGCUGCGUGUAUAUAGUGUUUGUGGCCACUAAUGUUAAGCAGCUUGUGGAUAUCUACUACCCGAUGGAUGUCAAAAUUCAUUGUUUGAUAUUGUUGGUUCCACUUAUCGCUAUCAACAUGAUCAGAAAUCUUAAGAUAUUGGCCCCGUUCUCGACUUUUGCGAACGUGCUUACUUUCAUUGGUCUUGGAAUGACGCUGUACUACAUCAUCGAUGGUAUCCCUUCGCCUUCAGAGCGAGAAAUGGUGGCCGACAUAGGACGGUUUCCACUUUUCUUUGGAACUGUCCUGUUUGCACUGGAAGCCGUUGGAGUGAUUAUAGCACUGGAAAACAAUAUGGAAACCCCUAAAUCGUUCGGAGGCUAUUGCGGUGUCCUCAACAUUGGCAUGACGGUCAUCGUGUUUCUGUAUGCUCUUGUCGGAUUCUUGGGAUACAUCAAGUACGGUCCUGAAUCGCUGGGAAGCAUUACCUUGAACCUACCUCCGAAUGAGAUAAUGUCGCAAAGUAUCCGGAUCCUGUUCGCUAUUGCCAUCUUCAUAUCCUACGGACUGCAGUGCUACGUGCCGGUUGAAAUUAUCUGGAAUACCUAUCUGGUUGACCGGUACAAAGAUUCAGCGCACAAAACUAGCUAUGAGAUGUUGGUACGGAUUACCCUGGUUAUCAUCACUUUCCUCCUUGCGAUAGCCAUCCCUAGGCUCGGUCUUUUCAUCUCACUUUUUGGAGCGUUCUGUCUGUCGGCAUUGGGAAUCGCCUUUCCGGCCAUUAUGGACAUCUGCGUCCGGUGGCCCAACGAUAUGGGCCCGGCCAAGCUACACCUUUGGAAGAACCUGAUACUCAUCAUCCUUGGCAUCGUCGGUCUGCUGUCCGGCACUUACACCAGCGUUCGAGAUAUCAUCAUUAGUUUCCAAUAGAUGCAACUAAAAAAAGAAUAAGUAGAAAUCGGGCUUAAAGUUUAUGCGCUUAAGUGCCAUUUCACUGCAAAUUAGUGAGAAGCAAUUUUAUCGCGGAAUUGUACGGACCAUAUACCGAAUGUAUUUAGAGGUCUCUAAAGGGGUACUUUCAGUGCCAAUGGAUUGUCAACGUGCUCGUGUAGAUAGGACUAUAGGGCUUAGGAUGAAAAAAUACUCAAAUUGAAAUAAGCUAACAGUAGAAAACAGUAGAAUAGUUUUGCUAUACAAAAUAUUGGCAAGACACAAUGUGUUUUAGAACUCAAAUAAUACGGGAUUUCAUAUCGAAAUUAAGCAUAAUCAAAAGCGCUACAGCUGCUGAAGAAAACGUUGAUAGCAUCGACUAUAGGCGGUCUAAUUAUGUGCUAAUCUGUCGAUAGAAAGUAGAAUUCAUCAAUUUCACUGACUAUGGGUUUUUAAAUGACCUUUAUGAAAGUAUUUUUUUUUUUUGAAUCUUUAUUUUAAACUGUUUGAAUUGCCUUUAAAUCCAGGUAAAACACAGCUCAACAAAAAUAGUAAUCAAAUUAGUUUUAUUUUAACAAUUGUUUCAAAUCUGUAUGUUUACGUAAGGUAAAAAUUAAUUAUUUCAGUACAACUAGUUCAAAUCUAGCACACGUAUGAAUGCAAUGCUUAAUUGAAGCUCUAGCGUUAUCCAAAGUUUUGUUUUAAAAUUAAUAUCAAAUUUGGUAUAUUCAACAAUUAUCAUUUGAAUUUAACAAAAUACCUACAUAUAUUUCAAAGUUCAUUUGUUCUAGUAAAACAAUUUUUUUUUUACUAAAAUGAACAAAAACUCAAAUUUUAAAAAGACGCCUCCUUCACAAAAUCAGCAAACCUGCGCUAUAAUUAUAAUGUUAAUUUGAGCCAAAUGUUCUUGUUUGGAAACUUUUUAAAUGAUGACAGACAUAUCAAAAGGACACCGAUAAUGUCAAAAUCUCAUGUGACUUUUUUUGACGAUGUUUUUUUUUCGAUAAUGUCUUUGAGAUUGUUUUUAAACAAUACAAUUCAGCAACAUUGCUUUACAGUACACACGCUUUUGUUAUAAUUUGACUACCACAUGCUAGAUUAAUGACUUGUAUCAUGCCAAAACCACCUAAAACUAAAUUUAGAAUAAACUGUAAAACAACACUUGUAG